CGCUUUCUUCACAUCUUACUUGUUCUUUCAAAAGCCCAGAAUCCACCAUUCCAUUUUAGCUGCAUUCUAAACUCUGAUCUCUCUUUUCCAAAUCCUAAGAAUUUAACUCACAAACCGAUCAUGGCUUGUUUAAAGGCCAUCAACCAUUUCCAGAUCCUCUCAUCAUCGAAUUCCACAAAACCGUUAAGUUCAGACGCCAAGAAAACCAUAUUCACCAAUAAAAGUCUGAACUUUGAUGCAAAAUUUUCGUCUAAAACCAGUUGGCAUCAAUUACGCCUUGUGCCCGUCAAUGUUGUGACGAAAGAGGAAAAAGACUUGGUCGCAGCUGAAACUAGUGAAAAGAAUGGUGAGGAGAAAGCAAUUAGUGGUGGAGAAGUGAAGGAAAAGGGCAGGAUACUAUCUACUCUACUGGAGGAUAAAGAAAGGUUGCUGAAUGCUGCAAUUGUACUUGGAGUUGGUACUGUUGCCAUUACCAAGUUGCUCUCCAUUGAUCAUGAAUAUUGGCACGGAUGGACCCUUUAUGAAGUGUUGAAGUAUGCCCCUGAGCACAAUUGGAUUGCAUAUGAAGAAGCUCUUAAAUCCAAUCCUGUUCUGGCUAAAAUGACGAUUAGUGGGAUUGUCUACUCUGUAGGAGAUUGGAUUGCACAAUGUUAUGAAGGGAAACCGCUUUUCGAGUUUGACCGACAGAGGAUAUUUAGAUCAGGUCUUGUUGGUUUCACCCUUCAUGGAUCGCUUUCUCACUACUAUUACCAAUUUUGUGAGGCUCUUUUUCCUUUCAAUGAUUGGUGGGUUGUCCCUGCCAAAGUAGUAGUUGACCAAACUCUCUGGUCUGCAGUUUGGAACAGCAUCUACUAUGUGGUUCUGGGGUUUUUGCGCUCUGAGUCCUCGGCUAGUAUAUUCGAUGAACUGAAGUCAACAUUUUGGCCUAUGUUAACUGCAGGAUGGAAGCUUUGGCCGUUUGCUCAUGUAAUCACCUAUGGCGUGAUUCCAGUACAGCAAAGACUUCUUUGGGUGGACUGUAUGGAACUUAUUUGGGUCACCAUACUCUCAGGGUUCUCAAAUGAGAAAUCAGAAGCACGGUUGUCUGAAGCAGCAGAAGAUGACACUAGCUAAGCAUCAAGCAAACCCAAGAAAUCAAGUUAAUCUUCAUCACUGCCUUCUGUCUCGGCUUUUGCAAGAUUGAGUAUGGCUUCGAACAUCCAAAUGGAGCAAGAAAGACGUAUGGGUUGUAAAGAUAACUGGUUUUCUUCCCCAAAUUGAUUGAGCAAAGCCUUGAACAUUAUGGAAGACAAACAUGAAACUGGUAUCAUGUACUUCUUGGAUUCUUCUCCAACAUGCACAGGGACAAAUCCUUGAGCACUUUUCUUCUUCCUUGUGACAUUGUUCUUGCUCUGCUCAGCCUCUCUAGUGGCUGUUUAUACACUUUAGCUUUUGCCAUCUCGGGUUAAGGGAAUAGGGUUUUUCUUUUCAGUGGGAAAAAAGAGAAAGGUGUACGUAAAAAUUGCUUAUUAUGCAUUAAUUGACCUUCAAAACCUGUGUUAUUUAUAUACAUGUCCACUUCAAAACCUGAUCCAAUCCCAUUAGGGGUCAAAUUUUACUUGAUCUCCGAAAUCCAGUGGGAGAAGAAGAUUAGACUACCCCACAAGUUUUAUUAAUCUCCUUAUCCCAUAUUUGUGUAUUGGACUUGGAAUACAAUAUGAAAUCUAUGUAAUUAAAGCCCCUUUGAGUUGCUUA